GUCCAAAACAGUACCAGACAAAGGGCAGUCUCAAGGUCAGGCCAGGCAGGGGUUCAGUAACCAGAUCAGUACAAGGGGAUAGGCAGGCUUGAAGACAUAACAGGCAGAGUGGUCAGGCAGGUGGGUUCGGAGUCAGGAGAGGCAAGGGUCGAAACCAGGAGGACUAGCACCAAAAGAGACUGGGGAAAAAAUAGGAGCAAGGAAAACCGCUGGUUGACAUGGCAAACAAGACAAAUUGGCACAGAGAGACCCGAAACACAGGGAUAAAUACAACAGGGAUAAUAAGCUACACCAGGAGGGGGUGGAGACAAUCACAAGGACAGGUGAAACAGAUCAGGGUGUGAUAUAGUACCAGGAAGUGAUCCAAGGCCAUGGCUCCGGCUCUGGAGAAGAUAAAACCAUGGUUCUUCCAGAGAGAAGACUGGAUUAGCAGGUGUAAAGUACUUAAGUAAAAAUACUUUAAAGUACUACUUAAGUUGUUUUUUAGGGUAUCUGUACUUUACUAUGUAUAUUUUUGACAACUUUUACUUCACUACAUUCCUAAACAAAAUGAUGUAUUUUUCACUCCAUACAUUUCCCCUGAUAUCCAAAAGUACUCGUUACAUUUUGAAUGGUUAGCAGGACAGGAACAUUUUAUAAUUCACACACUUAUCAAGAGAACAUCCCUGGUAAUCCCUACUGCCUCUGAUCUGGAGGACUCACUGAACACUGCUUCGUUUUAAAUGUCUGAGUGUUGGUGUGCCCCUGGCUAUCUGUAAAUAAAUUAAAAUGUGAAAAUAUAAGGAAUUUGAAAUGAUUAAUACUUGUACUUUUACACUUAAUUAUAGCAAUUCCAUUGAAUUUUGAUACUUAAGUAUAUUUAAAACCAAAUAGGGUGUAGGGUGCCAUUUUGGAUGCAUAUGACUGGAGCUGUAACAUGCUCCUCUCAACCAAGCAGUCGCCAGAUGGAGAGAAGAACAGGGCUCGGUGACAAGACUCUAACAUGAGAGCAAGGUUGCGUCCCAAAUAUCACCCUAUUCCCUUGGCAGUGCACUACUUUAGACCAAUAGUCCAAUAUAUAGAGCAUAUGGUGCCAUUUGGGACAUAACCCAGUAGUCUGGCUCUCUCUUCUCUCUGUUCUUUAUUUUAUAACAGGGUUGUGUCUGUCUGGGCAUUCUACAUAUUCUAUUGAAGUUCUUCACACCCUUUAUUGUCUGAGAGGAAAAACCCUUCUGUUCUCAUAACAAUGUCAAACUUGUCAUGGAGGUCUACUGUAGCAUAGAUUUGUUAUGGUCCAAAUGCCCCUUUUCUUUUUCAGUUAUGUUGUGUAAUAUUUGUUGAUGACAAAUAUGUUGUUAAUGACAAAUAUGUUGCUAAUCCUUUACAUAAUUGUGUUUCUGAAACAUUGAAUUUAAUUCACUAUGCCAAAAAGGUCCUUUACCGAAGACAGGUGGGUCAGAGUAGCCCAAUCAGCCCAUCAGGUUUGAGAUAUUUAGAACCCAAAGACAUUCUGAUGAUAUACACUUCUCUUUUACAUAGCUUGGUGGCACCAGAGUUCAGAAUUCUCCUCUCUUCUCCUCUGCUCUCUCCGUGGCAUCUCUUUAGCACAGCGCUGUCAAACAACAUAACCGUACACUUCUUCACUUGUUGAAUAAAUUAGCUCAAUCUGAAGGAGGGCCGUCCAUAGCAAUAGAGAGGUGUCGGGUUUCACUCCGUGCAAGGAGAGGCAGCAGCGGCAGUAGCUCUGCAACGAGACGCUCCAGUAACUGUUAGUGUGGAUGCUGUCCCGAUUCCGAGAAGUUGAUAACGUUCUGACUACAAAAUUGAAACCAAAGAAAGGAAACGUUCGCGGAUUUUUUUUUUUUGAAUUGCAUAUCCCUCGUCACCUGUACCUGAUAGGGGACAGAAGCAAUCACAAGAGGAGGUUGCUGGAGGGAAAACGCAUUCACCAUCCAAAAGGAUACUUUCUAAAGGAUACCGCUUUGUCUUUCUGAAAUGGAUAUAAUUUAGUGUUUUUUUUAAACUUUAAUUUAGAUUUGUAAUCUAUCUUUUUUACUCCACAAGGGAUUCGUUUGAAGAAGCGACCGUUAAUAGUUGGGAUAUUUGCUAACAGACGUGCGCUCAAAGACGCAGACAAGAAGCAGAUGAAUGUUUAGGAAGAAGCCAUCAGAAUGAAGACCGAGGCCAAGGGUUUGGGGCGGUCUGUGUCAAGGUCGCUGCAGGAUGAGGGCCGGUGGAGCCGAGGGGUCCUGCUGCUGGCCUACAUAGUCCUGGAGCUGAUCACCGUCCACUCCUCCACCGUCCUGGGGAACCUGGAGCUCCAGCUGGACGAGGAACAGCCAGCCGGGACCAUCGUAGGGGACAUCAGCGCUGGGUUACCGCCUGGCGUCACCGCAAGUCUUUACUUCAUAUCAGACCACGAGGGCACCGGGGUGGGGAGUGACCUAGACAUAGAUGAGAGCACGGGCAUCAUCAAGACAGCCAAGGUGUUGGACCAUGAGCUGAGGGACCGGUACAACUUCAUUGCCGUGACUAUGACGGGCUUGACCAUUGAAGUGACAAUCACGGUGAAUGACAUCAAUGACCACGCUCCCACGUUCCCCCGGAGGAGAGUGGCGUUCAAGAUCCCGGAGAUGACGGCAGUGGGAACCAGGUUCCCCCUAGAGCCGGCGGUGGAUGGGGACAAGGGCCAACUGACUACCCAGGGAUACCUCAUCAAAGACGGGAACCCCGGCCAGGCUUUCCUCCUGGAGACCCGGAGAGGAUCAAACCAGGUUCUCUAUCUGGAUCUGGUGGUCAACACUCUUCUGGACAGUGAGAGCAGACCGUCCUAUACUUUAUCCCUGGAGGCGUUCGAUGGAGGCUCCCCUAAGAGGACUGGUCAGAUGGUGCUAGAUGUGAUGGUUCAGGAUAUCAACGACAACGCUCCAGUCUUCAACCAGAGUCGAUACCAUGCCAUUAUCUCAGAGAAUCUGCUGCCGGGCAGCAACAUUCUCCAAGUCUUUGCCUCUGACGCUGACCAGGGAGACAACGGCCUUGUUCUCUAUGAGAUCAACCGCAGGCAGAGUGACCCAGAGCACUACUUCAUAAUCGACUCUCGUACUGGUGUCAUCACGCUCAACAAGCCGCUGGACUUUGAGAUGCGGAGGGUCCACGAGCUUGUGGUCCAGGCGAGGGAUAACGCCACGCAGCCCGAGGUUACCAACGCCUUCGCCACAAUCCACGUCCGGGACUACAAUGACAACCAGCCCACCAUGACCAUCAUCUUCCUCAGCGAAGACGGCUCCCCACAGAUCUCCGAGGGCGCCCAGCCUGGCCAGUAUGUCGCACGCAUCUCCGUCACAGACCCGGACUACGGAGAAUACGCCAAUGUCAACGUCUCCUUGGAAGGAGGGGACGGGAAGUUUGCCCUGACCACCAAGGACAACAUAAUCUACCUGAUGUGUGUGGACCAGAUCCUGGACCGAGAGGAGAGGGACACAUACGAACUCAGGGUGAUGGCUACAGACGCAGGCACCCCUCCUCUCAGGGCUGAGUCCUCCUUUACGAUACAAGUAACUGACGUUAACGACAACCCUCCUCUGUUUGAUCAGCAGGAGUACAGGCAGGCAAUACCUGAGGUGGUGUUCCCAGGGAGCUUCGUGUUGCAGGUCACGGCGAGAGACAAUGACCAGGGGCCCAAUGGAGACAUCACAUACAGCCUCCUCCAGGAUGGCCAGGCUGGCCAGGAUGAGAACCAGGCCCAGUGGUUCACCAUCGACCCAGUAACAGGGAUCAUCACCACGCUCUCCCAGCUGGAUUACGAGUCGCAGCCCAGGCCAAGUGUGACCGUGGUGGCUACAGAUGGAGGGAGGCCUUCCCUGUCCUCCACAGCUCUGGUCCAUGUGGUACUACAAGAUAUUAACGACAACGAACCUGUGUUCGGUAGCAACUUCUACAACGUAUCCAUCAAGGAGAACACUGCUGCUGGGUCCUGCAUCCUACAGGUUUCCAAGGUAACUGAGACAGUGUAA